AUGGAUAUGAAGCCAUCUGACACAACCGAUCGCAUGUCGCCGUACGCAGAAUGCGACUCGUUAAGUCGCAGUGGACGCGAAUUUAAGAGACAGCUUCUAAAUAUUGCGGCGUGCGCAUGCGUCCAAGAUCCGUAUCGCGGGCACAAUACCGUCACGACGCGGACGGUAGCAGAAAUAUGGACGCACGCCGCGCCUCCUUGUUUUAUGGUAAUGCGGGGGCUAGCGGAGAGUAUCGCGCCCUGA